AGAAACACCAACAACUCUCUAUACCACGCGAUUCUUGAGGAAGGCGCCCAUCCCCUGGCAUUCCUCCUUCACAUUCGCACUCAUACACUGCUGAGAACGACCGAACAUGUCUGAUCAAGAUUCCACCGAUCCUUUGGCCGAAUUCACUGCCCGCAAUAAAGACAAGAGAAGCUCUGGGGCGAAAAGAGCUGAUUUUAGAAAAGAUCCCACCAGCAUUCUCUAUCUCGGCUCCUGUGAAAUCAGCCGCAACGAGCAAGAAGUUGUCAAAUCAGGGCCACGAGUGCUCGCUGAGGAAGGCAGAGCGCUCCAAUUUGCCAAUUCCUUGAAUCUUCCCGUUCCAGCUCUGCGUGAAGUGCGUGCCUUGGACCAAGGCACACUGCUCAGGAUGGACUUUGUUGACGGAGAAUGUCUUGAGGAAGCCUGGCGAUCACUGGAUGGGAAACAGAAACAAAGCAUUGCGGAGCAACUCAGAGAUAUUCUUAUAACGAUGCGACAGGCGACACCUACUCAGAGCACAAUCGGAGGUUUCGGUGGACCGGCUCGCGAUCCUCGCUUGAUUUCGGACUAUCCUGGUGGUCCUUUCAAUACCGAAGCAGAGUUCAAUACCUUUGUUCUCGACCUCCUAGAAGGGACACCAUCCAAGAUUCGAAGUGCUCUAGCAGGUGGCUUGGACGUCAACAGCCGAAUUGUUUUCACUCAUGCAGAUUUGUCACCGCGAAACAUCAUUGUCAAAGGAGACCGCGUCCAGGCACUUCUCGACUGGGAAUAUUCUGGCUGGUACCCUGAGUAUUGGGAGUACGUGAAGUUCUUUGCCCGGCCAACUCAAUGGGACGACUGGGUAGAGUAUGCUGAGACGAUCUUUGACACGGAGUAUCCGAAGCAGCUGUGCACAUAUCAAGCAAUCGCACGAUGGCAGCAGCCAUAGCCUACUUCUAUAUCUUCCACUCUGGGAAUUGCAUGCAACAUGCCUCUCAGUCCUUGAUGAUAUAUACGAUGCUUUCGACAGACGACCCUGAUUCUGCGACGCCUUCGGUGCCGACUCUACCCAUGUCUGACAGUUGAAUUUCGGAUCGCGGUUGUUUGUAGGAACUCUGAGUAACAUACACUCCAUUGCUACGAGUUCCUAUCAACAACUGCGAUCUGGAAUUCAACUGUCAGACAUUGGUAAAGUGGGCACUAAAGGUAUUGUAGGACGCAGGAUACCAGACGUGUCGGCAAAAGUAUACAUAUAUAUAUAUAUAUAUAUAUUCAAGAACUAGUGCAUAUACAAAGCAAUCCCCCAAUAGCAGUCCCGACAACCUACUUUACAUCUUUCGCAUCAGCAAUUGCACUCCACAUCCGAUCCAGACCUUGUCUAUGCGACUCCUCCGAUAGAAUCCCCUCAUUCUUCAACUCCCCCAACGCCAACUCGACCCAAAUCUGACAGUUGAAUUUCGGAUCCGAAUUGUCGAUAGGGACAUGUUGUAGUAUUGCAACAAUCUCUUCCGAAGUCGCAGCAACCUCUGGAGGUCCCAAUUCGAUCAGUUUGCGGUACAAUAGGCUGUCCUGAGGCUCUUUCGAGGUCGGUCUACAUUGGAAUUUAAAUUUCUGUGGAUUCCCUACGAUGUGCGCUAUGAGAGAGGGGGAUUGGGAGGCGGAUUGGAGCCAGAGUACGGUAUGGCGAUAUUCGGGAUAUUUUAGUGGAAAGCCUUCGUAGACGACGAUGUUGAUGUGGAUUGUCGUCAUGGUGGAAUCGUUCCAGAUUCCAGUCGGCGAGUCUACAAAGCACACCGAUGUUGUCGCUUUGAAGUUUUGAUUUUAUAGGAGAGAAAGACGCCGAGUGUAGUAGUGAUUGCAGACAAUACUGAUGCUGCUGCUGCUGCUGUUGUAGACGUUCAAGCGAGUGUAGCGUUAGACUUGUAGACAACAAAAGAGUUGAAGAAAAAAACAAGAGGCAAAACCAGCAGAAUAUAUACACUUGUCUGAACAGCCUCCUCGAGAAGGUUAGGUGAUCAUACACCCACCCACCCACCCUCUCUUGAACCGGAGCAGGCUCCAGUAGGGACAAGCCAGACAGACAAGACAGACAGACAGACAGACAGAGAGAGAAAUCCUCUCCAGGCAACAACGCCCUCCAACCUCAGCGAAAAAAAGAAACCUCACAGACGUGCCUUCCAU